CCAAACUCUCGACUUUGGCCAGUCUCUUUGUCCUCCAACCAUGGGUACAGCGGUUUAGGGGGGCGCCGCACAUGCAAAGACCCAGAGGGGCGCCAUUAAAAGACAACAUCACAUCAACAGGAAAAAAUUUGGGGUUUCAAUUUGAAGAAGAGACGACUGGAGGGAGACCAUCAACCUGAAGUAAAACCUGAAAUACCUGAAAAAAGGACUAUUUAAUCCACCCUUCAUUAAUCACAUUUUUUCCAACAUUUCUGAUAUUGUUACCACUCGGAUUUGGAUUAUCGAGAGUCUUUUUUGGACAAUUUCAACAAUCAAGUGAAAUUUGGAUUAUCGUCUGAGGUCGACUGUGUCCUUUAUCAUCUCAGGGAUCUACCUGCUUAUCCCCUCCACCUGGAACAACUUAGAUGAGCUCAACCUGCUUAUAACUCACCAAACAACAAGCUGAGCCAUGACGCUGUUGAAGAUGAAGUUCAACCUGCAGAGACGGGUGCGGCUGGCCCAGGGCCUAUGGCUGAUGUCCUGGCUGGCAGUGAUGUGCGGGGCCUUCGUCUUUUGUCUGGGGGUCUACCUCAAGAUAGAGCUUCUUCGUAGAGCCGAGGUAAUGGACAACGCAGAGAUCCAUGUGGUGCCCAACAUCUUGAUGUUGGUGGGACUGGCCUCCAUUGGUACCAACUGGGUUGCCAGUCGGGUGUGUCAGGACUCCCUGGAUGCAAGCCGCUUCCCCCGCUGGAAAGUGCUCCUACUGGCCUGGUUCGCUGUGGCCGCGCUGCUGUGUUUUCUUCUCCUGGCAGUGGUGGUGCUGAGCUAUGCCCUGCAGGGACGCCUGGAGGAGUCCCUCAAGGAGGGUCUGAGAAAUGGCAUCCGAUUCUACAAGGACACAGACGUGCCCGGCCGCUGUUUCCAAAAGGAGACCAUUGAUCGUCUGCAGAUGGAGUUUCGCUGUUGCGGAAACAACAACUUCAAGGACUGGUUCGAGGUUCAGUGGGUCAGCAACAGAUAUCUGGAUUUCACCUCCCAGGAAGUCAAAGAUCGCAUCCGGAGUAACGUGGACCGCCGUUAUCUGUUGGAUGGCGUUCCUUUCAGCUGCUGUAACCCUGCCUCCCCUCGGCCCUGCUUGCAGCUCCACCUCACAGACAACCGAGCCCACUAUAACUACGACUACCAGGCAGAGGAGCUGAACCUCCACAACCGUGGCUGCAGGAGGGCACUGAUCGACUACUACAUGGGCUUGAUGAAUUCAACCGGUCCCGGCGUGCUGUCAGUCAUCUUAAUUCAGAUGUCGGUGCUUCUGAGCCUGCGAUACCUGCAAACAGCUGUGGAGGGAGCCAUGGAUCUGGAGAACCCAGAAGAUGAAAGUGAGGGGUACAUCCUGGAGAAGGGUGUGAAGGAAACCUUUGAGGAUGUCAAAGCAAAGGUCCUCGCCUUGCUAAAGUUUGGGCAGGUUGAUCCCUCUGAGGAGGACCCUGAGGGCGAGAAAGCCGACGGCUCGGAGAAGGCUGCCUCUCCUACUCCGUCCAGCUAGAGAAAAGAAAUAUUUCAACAUGAGCUGAGGCAAAAGGGAUGCAGGGUGGGGGGAUGUGUCUGUGUUUUUUUUUUUUUUGGGUCUUGUGACUUGAGUGGUGGCAGGUAGGACACCUGUUGUUUUUUGAUUUUCGACUCUGUCCGGGGCUCCCUCACACAUGGCCAAAACACAGUAACACAUUGGGGAUUUUAUCAGGCCCUGCACAGACACCAACAAACAUCUCCUCUGUGCAGGACAUCAUGAACAUCAGAGAACUUGCUCAGGAGAUGUGUAGUACCUUUUGUUGUGUCUAGAAGAGAGUACAUUGACUUUAAACAGGUGUAGCUUGAACACUCAAAAUUACAUGUGGCAAAUUUUGAUUGAAAUUUGGCAAAACUCCAAUCACAUGAUGCUGAAGUCUAUUCCAUGUGCACUGUAUUCUUCAUCCCACAGCUGUAGAGUUUGUACUGAAUUGCAAUGAAAUGCUUAGGAACCUGUUAAAAUGGCAACGCACAUGAAUAAUAUAUUAAAGGUAGAAGUUUUUAACUGCUUUGUAGUGUCGGCUUCCUUUUGUACAUGUCAUACAAUAGAGGCAUGUGUAAACUAAUGGUGGUUUAUCUGAGUUCAACACUGAGAGUUGGAUUAAGUGUGUGUGUGCGCGUGUUUGUGUGUAUAAGCGUAUGUGAGUGUGGUGCCCUAUAUGAAGCUGUCAUCAUGUCUAUUCUGGCAGCUCUGAUACAAUCUGAUAAUCCUGGUGUAGUUAAUCCCAGAACUGCUGCACAAGCAGUAUCUGCACCCCCAGACAGCGCACAGGAACACACUUUCAUACAACGACAGUGAUGGCACACUGAUUCAACCUGUGAUUUCACGAAGUAGAACGGUGUUUACAUGCUUUCUAUUUACAAAGUACAUAUCAUGGUUAUCUGUCCUUACAGGUUUAUCCAAUGUGUGCUCAUUCUUCUUAAAUAAAAUCUCUGUCACAGAAUAAUUUCAAUGAAUGUCUUAUUUGGUUCCAAAGAAACAAAUGACAAUAAAGUUUCUGUGGUGGGAGAAAUGUUAAGUGUUGGAAGGGGUGAUGCUGAAUGUUGGUUCCGGUUUCAAACUGUCAAAAAUGUGAUGUAUGCA